AUGUAUGUAAGCUAUAAAAAGAAUGAUGGUACACAAGUUAAAGCUCCAUUAGACAACAACUGCUACUUAAACUUAUAUGGAGACGAACAAAAGAAAUAUUUAAGAGUUUAUGAAAUGGCAGAUAUGACAUUGCCUGACCCAGCUCCAGCACCAUAUUAUUAUGACUAUGGAGAUGACGACAGAACACCACAUGUAGAUGAACAAAAGCUAACAUUAUAUUUAGAUUAUUAUAGAUAUAAAAGAUAUAAUGCAAUAGAAAAAACGAGAAUAGUAUAUUAUUAUACAGAUGACAGAAAUAAAUAUUAUAGUCAAGAUUUUACCUACCCUGAAAACAUAAGAUUAUAUUAUAAAAAAUAUUCUGACACAAACCAGAAGAAACCUGAAAUAGUUGCACUAUAUUUUAAGUUCAAAAGAGACAAUCCUAUAAUAUCUCAUAUGUUUGAUUUAAUGAACCCAGUAGGUUCUAUUUAUACAUCUAUGGAAGCAAGAGGUCCUCAAGUAAUGUUUGGUGUUGGUGCAUGGGAACAAAUAGUCGACAG